GGGCCUCCCUGUGUUCCCCUAUUAUACCAUAUGCCCUGAGGGGCUGGGACCUAGGCACCUGUCACCCCUGGCACUGACUGUCCAGGGUUCCCCUCCUCCCUCUUCUGGCCACUGCUGCCUCCUGUCCCCUCCCCUCCCUUCUUCCUUCUCCUGGUCCCACCUCCAGCAGCCUCUCCCAUUGCUCCUCCUCACCUCUGUCCUCCUGGACUGUCCCAGCUCCUACCUUUCCUACUGCUCACCUUUUUCCCCUUUUAGGGCUGAGAAAGGACGGGCCAGGGUGGGUACAGCUGGGGCUUCGGGCACCACAGGCAGAGACUCUAGGCCCUCUCCCACGCUGCCAGCCCUCUGGUAACCCCUCCCUCCAUCUGGGGGGAGGGGGGACAGCACCCAGAGGGUUAAGGCUGUAGGGGGGAGGGGCUGGGCCAAGUCGUGGGCGGCCCCUUUGAAGGAGGGAGCUGGAGCGGGGAACAGCCACCCUACCUCCCCCCCAGCCCGGCCCUCCCCCACCCCUCCCAACCUGCUCCCCCCAGGGGCCGAGAGGAGUUGCCGGCAAGGCCCCUCAGCGUUCAGGAGAAGAUGGGGAGCCCCGAGGAUGACCUGAUCGGGAUUCCAUUCCCAGACCACAGCAGUGAGCUCCUGAGCUGCCUCAAUGAGCAGCGCCAGCUGGGACACCUAUGUGACCUCACCAUCCGGACACAGGGCCUUGAAUACCGCACCCACCGGGCUGUGCUGGCUGCCUGCAGCCACUACUUCAAGAAGCUCUUCACUGAGGGCGGUGGCGGGGCGGUCCUGAGCGCUGGGGGCGGCGGGGUGGCUGCCGGGGGAGCAGGGGCCGGCGUGUGUGAGCUGGACUUUGUGGGGCCGGAGGCGCUGGGUGCCCUGCUCGAGUUUGCCUAUACAGCCACACUGACCACCAGCAGCGCCAACAUGCCGGCAGUGCUCCAGGCUGCGCGGCUGCUGGAGAUCCCGUGUGUCAUCGCUGCCUGCAUGGAGAUUCUGCAGGGCAGCGGACUAGAAGCUCCCAGCCCUGACGAGGACGACUGUGAGCGAGCUCGCCAGUACCUGGAGGCCUUCGUCACAGCCACGGCUUCAGCCUCGGGAGUUCCCAACGGUGAAGACAGCCCUCCACAGGUGCCCCUCCCACCGCCGCCGCCGCCCCCUCGGCCUGUCGCCCGCCGCAGCCGCAAGCCCCGAAAAGCUUUCCUGCAGACCAAGGGGGCCCGGGCAAACCACCUAGUGCCUGAAGUGCCCACAGUGCCCACCCAUCCCUUGACCUACGAGGAGGAGGAGGAGGCGGCAGGCAGAGUGAGCAGCAGCGGGGGCAGUAGGCUGGGGGACAGCUACAGCCCUCCCACAGGGACUGCCUCACCCCAUGAGGGGCCCCUGAGCUAUGAGGCCUAUGAGGGUGAGGAAGAAGAGGAGGAGCUGGCAUAUCCCCCCGCCUAUGGGCUGGCGCAGGGUGGCGGGCCCCCGCUGUCCCCAGAGGAGCUGGGCUCAGAUGAGGAUGCCAUCGAUCCUGACCUGAUGGCCUACCUGAGUUCCCUACACCAGGACGCCCUGGCACCAGGCCUAGAUGGCCAGGACAAGCUAGUGCGCAAACGCCGCUCCCAGAUGCCCCAGGAGUGCCCGGUCUGCCACAAGAUUAUCCACGGGGCUGGCAAACUGCCACGCCACAUGAGGACCCAUACGGGUGAGAAGCCCUUCGCCUGUGAAGUCUGCGGCGUCCGUUUCACCCGGAAUGACAAGCUGAAGAUCCACAUGAGGAAGCACACAGGAGAGCGCCCCUACUCAUGCUCGCACUGCCCAGCCCGCUUCCUGCACAGCUAUGACCUCAAGAACCACAUGCACCUGCACACAGGGGACCGGCCCUAUGAGUGCCACCUGUGCCACAAGGCUUUCGCCAAGGAGGACCACCUGCAGCGCCACCUUAAAGGCCAGAACUGCCUGGAGGUGCGCACCCGGCGGCGCCGCAAGGACGAUGCGCCCCCUCACUACCCCCCGCCCUCUGCCGCCACCCCGACCCCUGCUGGCCUCGACCUCUCCAAUGGCCACUUGGACAACUUCCGACUCUCUCUGGCUCGAUUCUGGGAGGAGCCAGCCCCUACUGGGCCCCCAGUCUCCACCCCGGGGCCCCCUGAUGACGAUGAGGAGGAGGGGGCACCCACCACACCUCAGGCUGAAGGUGCCAUGGAGUCCUCUUAAAGAGGGACGAGUGGCCGAGCUGGAGCAGCACGGGCCGGGACGCCCAUGCUGAGCAGCGGGAGUGUGCAGCAGAGACGGCGCUGGGGUCCGGGCACUGAGCCUCCCUGGCAUCGGAAAUUGGGCCCUUCCCUCAGAGCUCUCAUUCCAGUUCCAAGCUGAGAAGGUUUUGGGGCAGAGGCUCCCCAGAUUGGGGUGCUCUCCCAAGGAGUGAUACAUACGAUAUUAUGUAUAUAUUUACAGCUCCAUUGUAAAGGUGGGGUCCCUGUCCCCAGCUGCUCCUGGGGAGUAGAAGCAAUAAUGUAUUUCUGAUUUGUGGGGUCCCUCUUCGGCUAUGCGGGUUUCUAGGGGGUGGGGGGCUUGGGACCAAAGCCUUGCCCUGCCCCCAUGCCCCUUGGGGCUUUGGCUGUGUAAGGGGGUGAAGGACUGCCCCUCCCUUUCGAGACCCCUCCUUCCUGGUUUCUGUUCCCUUUUCCUGGCAGUGAAUUAUGCAAAGGGGGGCGGCAAAGGAAGGGUAAGUGGGGGAAAGCAAGGUAGAAGCUUGAAAGACUGGGGGACUGGGCCUGUAAGGAAGGAGCCAUCCUAGUCCCCCUCCGCCCUGCUCCCAGCGCUGAGUCAUGGGGUCCUGGAGAAGGGGGCGGGGUGGCCUGAUUGGUUCGCCCGCCCCUGGGGGCAGCGGGAGGGGCCCCGCCCAACUACGGGAGCUGCUGCUGGUUCUCCUCCCCUCCCCUCCCCUCCCGAGUCGCUGGGCAGGGAAUGUCUUGUUCCCGCCGCUCCCUCCCCGGGGCCAGAGGGCAGGGCGGGCCGGGCGGUGGCCUACCCUCUUCUCCUCCUCCCCGCCCAGGUGCAAGCCGGAGCCGCCGACACCGCUGCCGCCCCUGACUCACGCCGCCCCCGGGCUGGCGCGGUGCAGGGUGUGGGACAGGGUGAGGGGUUGGGGGGAGCCUUGCGGAGAACGGGCGAGCCGGCGCCAUCUGGCGGCCGUGCCCUGCGCGGGCGAGCGCCCCUGGCGGCCACUUCCAGCGAGCCGUCUUCUCUCAACUUCCACCACCCCAGCUGGUGAGCGGCGCCCCCUUGCCAAGGCCGGGGCAAAUAGCUUCUUGCUUGGCCGCAAGGAAAGUGGGCUGCGGACCUGUGGGAAAGGGAUCCUUUCCCCAGACCCUUGCCAGCCGGGCUUCCUGUUGGGUCGGGGAGAGUAAUCCCCUCACUCUACCCUUAGGAUUGAAUCCACCCCCGGUCUGUACAUAGCCUUUUCUGUUGGUCUUGUUGAAAUCUAGUUUCAGAUUUUUAACUACCCAAUUCUGCUGGGGGUGGGGGUAUCUCCUCCCCACCUUCCUCGCUGGGUGCUGGACCCCAUUCUGCCUGGGCUCUGCCUUGCACUAUUUCCCCUCCCUGGCCUGGCGGCUCCUCCCCCUCCUUAAAAGGGGCAGGUUCAGGGGCCCGGUGCUCUCCCUCCCCCCCCCAUGCACCCCCAUGCCCAUUUGCACAGCUGCCCAGGUACCCCCAAUAGUGGGGGGGGGGUCACAGGGAGGGGGUAGCGGGACCAGUCCUUGUAUCUAUUUAAAAAGUGAUGAUGUAAUAUAUUGGGGUAGGGGGAGGUCGGGUUGCCCUGGGCCUCAUCUUAGCAUUUCAGGUGAUGGGAGAGCCCAGGGCUGAGGAGACCUGGGGCCUAGCCCCAGGGAGUGAGGACAAUGUGGCCUCCCCCCUCCCCCCUUGCGGCUUCUCCACUCAGUGCCUUACGGGGUGGGGGGGAGGCAAUCCCCCCUCUCCUGUUCCCCUCCCCUUGCCCUGCCCCCCACCUCGGGUGUAAGUGACAGGAAGAAAUAA